CCAUUACCCAAAUCUCGCAUCUGAAGGUUAAAGUCUUGUUUGGCUCCAUCACGCCGCACUUCACUCCAGUGGUACCUGCGUAUCAGUCUCCCUCUCCUCGCUCGUUUGUAGAAAUAUUAACCCGACGUCAUGUCGAUAUUCGGCGAAGUCCCGCAAGCGGCCCCUGUCGCGGUGUUUAAACUGACAGCGGAUUUCCGUGAAGACCAGAACCCCAGCAAGGUGAAUCUGGGAGUCGGAGCCUACAGGACAGAUGAAGGUCAGCCCUGGGUUCUGCCUGUGGUGAGAAAAGUGGAGAAGAUGAUCGCGGAUGACCAUAGUUUGAACCACGAGUACCUGCCCAUUCUAGGCCUGCCAGAGUUUCGCUCGAGCUCAUCUAAGAUCGCUCUGGGUGAAGACAGUCCCGCCAUCAAGGACAAUCGGGUAGGAGCUGUGCAGUGUUUAGGUGGCACCGGUGCUCUAAAGAUCGGAGCCGAGUUUCUUCGCCGUUGGUACAAUGGAAUUGACAAUACGAAAACCCCAGUUUAUGUGUCUGCACCCACAUGGGAGAACCACAAUGCAGUUUUCUCUAACGCCGGGUUUGAGGACAUCCGUCCGUAUAAAUACUGGGAUUCAGGGAAGCGUGGGCUCGAUCUGGAAGGUCUUCUGGGUGACCUAGAAAGCGCACCUGAUCACUCCAUCUUCGUGCUGCACGCCUGCGCUCACAACCCCACCGGCACAGACCCCACCCAGGACCAAUGGAAGCAGAUCGCUGAUGUCAUGAAGCGAAAGAGUCUGUUUGCCUUCUUUGAUUCCGCCUAUCAGGGUUUUGCCUCAGGAAAUUUAGACAAGGACGCCUGGGCCGUCCGCUAUUUUGUGUCUCAAGGUUUCGAAUUGUUCUGUGCUCAGUCGUUCUCGAAGAACUUCGGUCUGUACAACGAGAGAGUGGGGAAUCUGACCGUUGUAGCCAGAGAUCAAGACAAUCUGAACCGUGUAUUGUCUCAAAUGGAGAAGAUCGUUCGAAUCACCUGGUCCAACCCUCCGUCCCAGGGCGCACGGCUGGUUGCCAUCACACUCAACACCCCUGAGCUCUUUGCUGAAUGGAAGGACAAUGUGAAGACCAUGGCAGACAGAGUCCUGCUCAUGCGCGCGCAGCUGAAGGAGAAACUCAAAGCACUCGGAACUCCAGGAACCUGGGAGCACAUCACUGAACAGAUCGGCAUGUUCAGCUUCACCGGGCUCAACCCUAAGCAAGUGGAGUACAUGAUGAAAGAAAAGCACAUUUAUUUAAUGGCGAGCGGUCGCAUCAACAUGUGUGGCCUGACCACCAAGAACAUCGACUACGUGGCUGAAUCCAUCCACGAGGCUGUCACUACAGUCCAAUAAGCACCUUUACCGUACUUCCUGUGUGUGUCCACAAGAACACAGACACGCACACUGAUACACACUUUCACUCAUCAGCAUUUCAACAUUCAACUUUAACUGUAAUUAUAAAGAAACGAAAUGGUUCCAGAACAUAUAUAUAAAUAUAUAUAUAUAUUUCCCUUUGCCUUUCUCCUGUGUUUUCAGAGAGUACGUUGAAUUAUUUUCCGUGGUGUUCAUUUAAAUCUCGUUUCGAUGAAUAAGCACUUUCUGGUGGGAUUUAAAGUCAACCGAACAUCUCUUUCUGGGUUUCAUUAACCAGAAGGUCCAGUUUCACCGAUUUUAUGAGCCUAAGGUUAAAUUUAAACAGGUUAAAGUGACUGUAUCAGAGUUCUACACAACCUUUGUGUUAGUGGGUGCUACGGGUAGAAACUAGCCUUUUAUUAACUUGUCGUUUUUGUUUUCUUUUUUCCAUCACGUGUCUGACAAUUUUACACCGUUGAGUGCUGAACCGAAGGACAACGCAUGUUUUAUGAUCAAUGCGUGUGUGUGUUAUUAAAACAUUUCACCUUGAAAUCCAAUUUUUGUGAUUCGAAUUUAAAAUAAGCUGGUAUUAUGGUCAGUGAAGAGGAGCAUCCUGUGAUUUUCUUUGACAGCUGAAAGAGAAUGAAUUAAAAGUGAUUUGUGGGGUUAAAUAUUCCUAAGUUUUUCGUCUUUGUUCUGGAAAUUCUUGGCUGUGAAGAGCCCAGGCGUUGUUUUGCACUUUAUUUUCUGAUGUCUUUUUAAUGUGCUGAUUCUGGUCCAUCACUUUCAAUGCUGUGUUCCUGUGUUCACUGCAGGACCAUUUAAUGAAUGUGCAGCCGUUAGUCCAAGUACAUUGCUCUCCCGCCCAGCUUAGUCGCUAAAGAUCAAACCUCUAGGAGUGUAACAACUCGCUGAGCACAAAUAUACUAAUCAAAGUGCAUUGAAAUAAAUGAAUUAAACAAA